AUGGAAAAUACUUCCUUGUGUGAGCCUCUGGUGUGGUACAGUUUUGGGAAGUGCCCAGGAUCAGGCUGCACCUUCAGCACCACCAAACCCCUGCCGCUGCGACCGGCUAAGCCCUCGUCCACAUUACCCAGCCACAGCCCAGGCCAAGCCCCUGUCCACAUUACCCAGCCACAGCCCAGGCCAAGCCCUCGUCCACAUUACCCAGCCACAGCCCAGGCCAAGUCCUCGUCCACAUUAUCCAGCCACAGCCCAGGCUACUCCCUCGUCCACAUUACCCAGCCACAGCCCAGGCCAAGUCCUCGUCCACAUUACCCAGCCACAGCCCAGGCCAAGUCCUCGUCCACAUUACCCAGCCACAGCCCAGGCCAAGUCCUCGUCCACAUUAUCCAGCCACAGCCCAGGCCAAGUCCUCGUCCACAGCCCCAGGCCAAGUCCUCGUCCACAUUACCCAGCCACAGCCCAGGCCAAGCCACAUUAUCAGCCCAGGCCAAGUCCUCGUCCACAUUAUCCAGCCACAGCCCAGGCCAGGUCCUCGUCCACAUUACCCAGCCACAGCCCAGGCCAAGCCCUCGUCCACAUUAUCCAGCCACAGCCCAGGCCAAGUCCUCGUCCACAUUACCCAGCCACAGCCCAGGCCAAGUCCUCGUCCACAUUACCCAGCCACAGCCCAGGCCAAGCCCUCGUCCACAUUAUCCAGCCACAGCCCAGGCCAAGUCCUCGUCCACAUUACCCAGCCACAGCCCAGGCCAAGUCCUCAUCCACAUUAUCCAGCCACAGCCCAGGCCAAGUCCUCGUCCACAUUACCCAGCCACAGCCCAGGCCAAGUCCUCGUCCACAUUAUCCAGCCACAGCCCAGGCCAAGUCCUCGUCCACAUUACCCAGCCACAGCCCAGGCCAAGCCCUCGGCCACAUUAUCCAGCCACAGCCCAGGCCAAGUCCUCAGUCACAGACUCCAGACAUGGCCUUAGGCCCGGCCACUGA